GAUUGAUUAACCAGGUUUUUGCUUUCGUUAGCUUCUUAAUAAAACACGUAAUAUUAAAGAUUAACAUGUCUUCUAAGGGAUAUAUAAGAAUUCCCGAAUCUCAACUUCGCCUAGAACGAAGUAAAAGACUGAAAAAUAGAAAGUGGCAUGACAAUAUCAUGAGUUUGUUGUUAAGAAAAAAUGUUUGUGGAGCAUGUUUACGAAUGGAAAAUGAUCUCGUUCACUGGGAUGAUGAAUUUGUUGUAGUGCGUUGUGAGAAUGAGAACGAAAGCUCUUUGAAGAACAUUAUGAUCUCUACUUUUGGACCGAGUGUAACAAGUAUCAUUCCAACACCCAAUUUUUGCCAAGAGUGUGUAGACACAAUACUAAGCGCUCAUCUUCUCAUACUACAACUAAGAGAUAACUGUAAAAACAUACAGAAAAAGUUGAUAGAGAUAUCUCAGCAAAUGAAAUGGACAGCCUACUUAGAUGAAACGGGAUCUUUGACGGAAACUAUAUUGAAUAACAAAGCUUUUCAAGAAGAUUAUAACUUAAUUACUGAUUGUAAUGAAACAGAUGAUUUAACAAAAGUAAAUAACACAAUUGAAAAAGAAGUGAAAAUACACAAAAUUAUACUAGAUAACGAGUCUCUUAAGAAUAAACUACUUAAAGAUGCUGAUAUGCACAAGUAUUUAUUUAAUAAAGUUAAGGAGACAGAGCCCACAUUACCUGCAGGAAUUACAGUGAAGAAGGUUGCAAAAGGCAUAAACAUGUCUGAUUUUGCACCACAAGACUUAUUAGAACUAAACUGGGCUGAGGAUGAUGAAGAAAGAGACCCUAAUAACAAACUACAAAGUAAUGAAGCUUUAAUUAUGAAUUUAAUGGAAGAAGCUAAAACGGUUGAAAAACACAAGCAUUUUCAUGAUAAUUUAAAUUUAAAAGUUAAAGAAACUGAAGUACAGCAGACUUUACAUGAUUCUUUAUCUGUCAAGUUAAUACAGAGUCAAACAGUGACAGAAAAUGAUGGAAAUUACAGUGAUGCGGAUGAUUUUGUACCUCAAGACUUACUUGAAUUGAAAUGGCCAGAUGAACCAAAACCAAGUGAUAUGCAGCAAACAAAAAUACCUGUUAAGAAACUUAAUUUCAAUGAAGCAUUAACAGUAAAGUUUAUUCCUGCUCACAAACUUGUUAGAGUCAAUGAUGGUGCCAAUGUAACACAUGAGUUGCUUGAAAAUUCGAAUGAAAAAGAGACACAGACAAACAAGGAUGUGCAAAAACACAGUAUAGAUCUGACAAAAUGGUUGCACGAUCAAGGCAUGAGUACUAUAAAAGCUAAAAGUGGUCCUGAAAAUAGUAACAUACAAGAUUUUGAUAUAGAAGCGCAUAUAUCUAAAAAAGUUAAAUUAGAAAAGAAAGAUACUCCUGAAGAAUAUAAGAACUCCGGAAGUGGUUUGAAAGCAAAGAAAUGUAAUAUUACUGUUAAAAACUUAGAUGCUUUAAGAGAUCCAGAUAUCACUGCUAAUACAAUAAGAUGUGGACUUUGCGAUUUAAGUUUCGUACUUUUCGAAUCGUAUGAAAGUCACUAUAAAACACAUACUAUAUCAGAAACGGCUAAAUGUUACAAAUGUUCUGGUAAAUUUCCAGUGGUUGAGUUGUUAAUAGAACAUCUAUUAAUUGUACAUUCUGAAGAUAUGGCUUACUGUACUUUAUGCUAUGCAUUAUUGAGUCAAAGCAGGUUAGCGCAGCAUACAAUCGAUCAUCAUGCAAAGAAAGUUGAAAUUAUCAAUGCUGCCACAGUACCUUUGAUAACCAAGGAUGGUAGAUGUAAAACAUGCAAUCAAACUUCAGUUGAGCCGGCUAUCCCUCACAUCUGUGUAUUUAAUUAUGAAUGCACUGAAUGCAAACAAGAUUGUAUACAUGAAAGGUUCAUAAAAUCGUACAUAGAUCAGAUUAAAGAUAAUAAAGCAGUAUAUAAAUGUACAGACUGUGAAUAUAUGUACAAAACUAAGCAGGAUAUCAUUAAACAUGCCAAUUAUAUGCACCUUCGACAUAUGUCACAUCAAUGCGUGGUUUGCAAAAUGAAAUUUGCAACUCAAAAUGAGCUUUCCAAGCACAACGUUUCAACUCAUUACACUUGUAGACGAUGUAAGAAGGUAUUUUCAGAGAAAAAUCUCAAUCAUGACUGUCAUGUAAAAAAUGAUAAUAUGACUUGUGAAGCCUGCGGACAAAGAUUUAACCACCAAAAAUUGUAUUACAAACAUAAAGAGACCGCUUUAGCUAUCAGAGAUCAAUGUAUUUUAUGUCAUGAUUUUGUUCCAAAUAUAUGUAACUUGUCCCGACAUAUGCAAGUAAAACAUCAAGUAUAUUUAAAGAAAGUCAACGAAACAAUUUAUUACGAAUGCACAAUUUGCCAGCAAAGAUUCGAUGAUGGAAUAAAUUUUAGACAACACAGGUGCUUAUAUGAUUGUAAUAUUUGUGAAAGGCGAUUUAUUAAUAAAAUACUUUAUGAAAGGCAUUUGCAAGCACAUAUGGGUGUGAAACCACAGGCCACACACCAAUUGAAAUGUUGUGUCUGUAAUUUGCAAUUAAAAGACAAAUAUGCGUAUACAAAUCAUAUGACAACUCAUACUAACUACGGAAGAUGUCCUAUAUGCUUAAAUUAUCUUAAAAGGAAUCUCUUAAACAAGCAUAUUGAAACUCACGAAGGCACAACAAAUAGUUUAAAAUGUCCGCAUUGUGUAUUAGUAUGUGAGAACCGGAAUCAAUACGAAGUACACGUGAAUAGAUUCCAUUUAAUGCGUCGCCCGUAUCAGUGCGAUAUAUGUAGUAAAGCUUUCUAUGGAAAGCUAAGAUUACGUGAGCAUAUAAAGGAACAUACGUCUCACCGACGUACAAUAAAAUGCCCUGUGUGUGAUAAAAAAUUUGCAAGAAAACUCAGUAUGGAAAGACAUUUUAAAUUACAUUCGUCUGGGCAGUUGUAUAAUUGUGAUUUGUGUGAAAAAAUGUACAUUUCUGCAGCUCUUUUGGAACAACAUCGGAAGUGCCAUACAGAUUCACAGUCAAAACCUGAAACUUCUCAAAGCGGCCAAAUGUAAAUUUUUCACUGUUAAUAAAUAUGU